AUGGGAAAUUGCACCUACACCCUGUCCAAGCUGUGUGAUGGGAACAGCACGCUGCCCUAUUUCAAUGUGGAAGCAGCAAACGAACACAGAGGAGGCAACACUCGCGUGUCCUACGUCCAAUAUGUGGAUGUUGAUGUUUAUGACUACAGGAUAACUCUGGGUAAAAACAGGGUUGUUAAGGUGAACGGAGCCAUUCAGGUACUUCCUGUGGUACUACCAUCAGGUGUAAAUAUUUUCUUCAGUGGACAGUACGUCAUGGUUACUACUGCCUUUGGGCUGAGAGUUAAGUUCAAUGGAGAUCAUAGAGCUGAAGUGAUUCUUCCCAGUAUAUACAAAUCUAAAGUCUGUGGCAUGUGUGGAAAUUACAACGGGAACAAAGCAGAUGACUUUCUUAACCCAGAUGGAGAGAUGGAAGCAAAUUCGGUCAGCUUGGGCAACAGCUGGCAGAUUUAUAAUGACUCCAGCUGCAGCCUGCCGUGUGUGGAAGGAUGCGUGUGCGACAGUGGCUAUCUUCUCUACAACGAUGGCUGUGUCCGCAGCAGUCAGUGCGGGUGCUGGCACAAUGGCAAACACUACCCUGUUGGCGCUGAAUUCUGGACCGAUGACACCUGCUCCUCUAAAUGCACAUGUCCCUCUCGGGGGAGCAAAGUAACCUGUUCUAACGCAGCCUGCCCAGCCGAUCAUUACUGUGGGGUUCAGAACGGAGAACCUGGCUGCUACCGUGAGACUUAUGGGAUCUGCCGAGUCCACAACGACCCUCAUUACAACACGUUUGACAGAGAGACUCACCACUUCAUGGGGAAGUGCACCUACACGCUGGCCAAAGUGUGCCACAACUCCAGCUCUCUGCCUUAUUUCAACGUAGAAGCCAAGAACGAGCAUCGAGGGUACUCUGCGGUGUCCUAUGUGCAGAAAGUCCUGGUGGAGGUUUAUGGACAACACAUAGAAAUAGUUAAGGCAACACCAAAUCGUGUACUGAUCAAUAAAAUAUGGUCAACUCUCCCCGUAACCACAGCUGGUGGGUCAAUCACAGUGAGCAGGAGUGGACGAUACGUUACCCUAGAGACAGAUUUCAGACUGAGGGUUUCCUAUGACACCGAUCACUCGGUGGAAGUGAAGGUGCCCACCACCUAUUUCAACAGGACCUGUGGCAUGUGCGGUAACUUUAACAAUCGCAGACAGGAUGACUAUAUGAUGCCCAACGGGCAGCAAGCCAAGAACUCUAAUGAGCUGGGAAACAGCUGGCGUGUCAAGGACGACGAUCCUUCUUGUGAUGUCAUCGUCCCACCCAAACCCUGCACUGCAGACCAGGAGAACCUCUACAAAACAGACAGAUUCUGCGGCAUGAUAACCAAGAGGCCUGGCCCCUUUGGGGUCUGCCACUCCGUGAUCAAUCCUGAGAGCAUCUUUGAGAGCUGUGUCUAUGACCUCUGUGCCAUGAAUGGGAAUGAGCAGCUCUUGUGUAACGCUCUGGAGACCUACGCGGAUGCGUGUCAGGAAGCUGGAGUGAAUGGAAUUCAAGUUGAUCUUCCUGUGACUCUGCAUCCUGGAAUGACAGUAGCUGUAAGAGGACCCUAUGUGGUCAUUGAUACCUCUAUUGGCAUUCAGGUGAAGUUUGAUGGUGACCAACAGCUUUUUGUUCAUGCUGAUGAAAGGUUUAAGGGGCAGCUGUGUGGCCUGUGUGGCACAUACACUGACAACCAGCUGGAUGAUUUCCUAACACCAGACAGAGUCCUGGAACAGGAUUCAAAUAAUUUCGGCAACAGCUGGCGAGUGAAGGAUGACAAUUGGACCUGUGACCCGGUUGCCGUUAUACCACCAGUCUGUGACCCUGUCCAUGAGUACGAAUAUGAAGAAUUCUGCAAAGUUAUUUUGGCAAGCGGAGGGCCUUUUGAAGCUUGCCAUUGGUAUAUCCCCCCUCAGCUGUACUUUGAGAGCUGUGUAUAUGACCAGUGUGCCACAGGAGGAAAUACCGAACAGUUUUGCUCAUCCUUAGAUGCGUAUGCUGCAGCAUGUGAAGAGAGUGUCCGGGAGUGUCCUUUCAACUGCUCAUUCGAUGACAACUUCUGUGAAUGGAGACAGUCCACCUCCGAUGAUUUUGACUGGAGACGCAUCUCCACAGCACCUCCUUAUGGAAAUAUGUCGCAUGAUGGCUAUUACAUAACAACCGACAGCCGAUAUGCCCACCCAGAGGAGAAAGGCCAGCUAAUAAGCCCUCAGUGCACUGCCAGUCAGGCUGCGUGUUUCCGAUUCCGAUACCACAUAGCAGGAGUAGCAGAGGAUGGGGCACUGAAGGUGUACCUGGUUCAGGAAGGGGACAGCAAACCCCUUCUGCUGUGGCUAAUGACUGGAAACAAGGCAGACAACUGGCUUUUAGCAGAAGUGGAUUUGCACAUUUCUGGUAGAUUUCAGGUUGUGUUGGAAGGUGUGACUGGCACGGACAACCGAACAUGGGUCUCUGUGGAUGACGUAUCUCUGGAUCCUGGUUGCUGUUUGGGAGAAGCCCCGACUACUUCAAGUCCAACUACAGUAGGCACCAGUUCAUCAGAGUCUACAACAGUGCAAGGAACAACACCUGCUUCAGAGACCACUCCGCCCCACACAAUAAGCACCACAGCAGAUGAAAGUACCACAGGGAGAGCAUCCUGUCAGGUGGCAGGAGAUCCCCACUACUUCACCUUUGACAAAGUGAUGCACACCUUCUUGGGCACCUGCACCUACACCCUGCUCCAAGUCUGCAACAGCAGCAGUGUCGUUCCUGUGACCAUCAGUGGCAAAAACGAAGAUCGAGGACAAAGAGGGGCCACGUAUCUCAAAGAGAUUUACAUUGACAUCUAUGGCAACCGAAUCACCCUUCAGAAGAACAAGGCGAUCCUGCUCAAUAAGGAGAGAGUCCGAACUCCGGUAAAGAACCGAUUACGAGGCGUGUCCAUAGGAAAUGUGGGCAUUUACAUGGUGGUGGAAACUGACUUUGGACUCCUAGUGAAAUAUGAUGGAAAUCAGCACUUGGAAAUCAGCCUCCCAGAAUCUUACUUCUCCAAGGUAUGUGGCAUGUGCGGUAACUAUAACGGCCAGCGUGGGGAUGAGCUGCUCAUGCCCAAUGGCGUGCAGGCUAACAACGUCACGCAGUUUGGAAACAGCUGGAAAGUGCAAGCCGACAGUGACGCGGGCUGCUUGCCCGACACACGAGAAGAGCUGGGCCCACCUUGCACCGCAGAGGAGAAGCCAGGCAUUGAAACCCAGUGCAAUGUUUUAAAGUCUGACACCUUCAAACCAUGUCACCAUCUGGUUGAGCCUGACCUCUUCAUCCAGACCUGCAUCUACGACAUGUGUAAAUAUGAUGGCAUGCUGUCCACUCUCUGUGCCAUCACGCAGGCCUACGUGGACACCUGCAAGAAGCAAGGAGUCAUCAUUAAAUGGAGGACCAACACAUUCUGCCCAUUGCCUUGUCCAUCCAACAGCUAUUACACCGACUGUGCAUCUCCCUGCCCAGCCACAUGUAAUAAUAUUUAUGCGUCCUCCCUCUGUGAAAAGCCAACCGAAUGCACAGAAGGUUGUGUUUGCAAUGAGGGUUACGUGCUUAGCGAUGACCAGUGUGUACCACUGAGCGAGUGUGGCUGCAGAGAUGAUGAAGAUAACUACUACAGCGCUGGGGAGAGCUGGAUAAGACCCCACUGCACCCACAAAUGCAAGUGUCAGAAGGACAAUACCAUCAAGUGCCAGCCCUAUGGCUGCGAUGCUUGGGAGAUCUGUUUCCUCAACAACAAGGGGAUAUACAAAUGUAAACCGACAGGCUUUGGGAAGUGCCUCGUCAUUGGAGAUCCACACUACCUGACGUUUGAUGGGUUGAUGCAUCACUUCCAAGGCAAAAAUACAUACAUGCUGUCUCAGACUGUCUCCAGCAUCCCCGACCGCCUGCCAUCCUUCAGCAUUGAGGGAAAGAACAAGCUUUACCCUCGAGUGUCCCACAUUUCUUUCCUCCAGGAGAUCCGUGUCAGCGUUUACAAUCACACGGUGUGGUUCAGGCAGAAGAAGCAGCUUGUGCUGGAUGGAGUGAAAACCAUCCCCCCUGCCCAGCCUCAUGAAGGUCUUCGCAUAUACCAGAGACCAACGAGAAUUUACAUGGAGACAGAUUUUGGCUUAUCGCUCAGCUAUGAUGGUGCUGAAAACUUAGAUAUAACCCUGGCCAACACCUACAAGAACAAAGUCGAAGGCUUGUGCGGCAACUUUGAUGGGAAGUAUAAAAACGACUUUACCAAGCCGGAUGGCACUCGAGUGAGGGACGUGGAUGUGUUUGGGGAGAGCUGGAAAGUCCCCGUCAGAAGAACAGUCUCCCGGCGCAGGCGAGAAGUCACUUCAGACGAGGAGCUUGACAACGUCGAGUUAAACACAGGGCUCGCCAGAGGCUGCAAUCCCAGUGAGCUGAGCCUUGUGAACUCCACUUCUAAGUGUGGGAUUCUUACCGAUCCCAAAGGUCCCUUUGGAAAGUGUCAGUCCAAUGUCUCCGUCGAGUUCUUCCAGAUGGGCUGUGUCUUUGACCUGUGUGUGGAAGCCGAGAACAGCGCUGUGCUGUGUCGGCACCUGGAGCAGUACGCGCUGGCCUGUCAGGAGAACGGGAUCGCGUUGGGAAACUGGAGAGCCCAGACGCCUUGUGAGAUGCAGUGUCCCCCAAACAGCAAGUACAGCAGCUGCAUGACUGCAUGCCCUGAUUCCUGCAGCAACCUGGCAGCCUCCUCCGAGUGCGAGUCGCCCUGUGUCGAAGGCUGCGAAUGCCUCCCUGGAUACGUUCUCAGUGGCUAUGACUGCGUGCCCUACAAGGAGUGUGGCUGCAGCUUCCUCAACACAUAUUAUAAGGCUGGAGAAACGUUUGUGACUGACGACUGCUCUCAGACUUGUGAGUGCACAACAAGUUCCAGCGUUGCCUGCACCAGGGCAGCGUGUGCACGCAGCGAGAUCUGCGCCGUCGCUAACUUCACUCGCGGAUGCUACAUACCUGGCCCGUGUCUGCAGAAUCUUUGCGAGAAUGGUGGGACUUGUAUUGAGGAUACAAGCGAAUCCAGCAACAGCUCUUCCAACUUCAGUUGUGUGUGCCCUGACGGAUACGAGGGGCCUCUCUGUGAGGCUGAAACACAGGACGAGCCAAGGAAACCUGACAACUCUCUGGUCUACAUCAUUGUGGGAGUUUCAGCAGGAAUCAUCGUCCUCGCUGCGAUCGUCUCCCUGGUUGUGUGCAGAUCCAAGUUAAGAAUGAACAGGAAAAAGUCACCGGAAUUCCCCAGAAGGAGGAAUUCGUCUUUGACCCAAUCAAGGGAUGCGCUGGACCAGAACUCUCACGUGCCAGACUACAGCUACGUGAUCAAUGCUGCGUUUGAUCGGGAUGAAAACCAGUCACGUUUUAAUUAGUGGCAUUUUUUUUUUG